UGCGGUGUACUACGUCAAUGUCGAUAUGUUGGUGUGGCCAUCGAGCAAUCUCUCGCUCGCCUCUACAGCCUGCGAAAACACUUGCGCCUUUUCUGUACCAGACCGCGACACUCCUGCAAUGCAGACCUGAUACGCAUCCAAUUGCCCGCCGACAUGCAUCUUCCCGACCGCGAUACGAUCAUGACGUUCCUUUCGAGAAUGAUUUGCAGUCUACAGCUGCAGAACAAGAGCCCCCACGCAAUACCACCAUAACAGGGUCUGAGCGCAUGGCCUUUCGAAAACUUUACAACAAGUUCACUGCGCCAAAAGACGAUUUCGAAGAUUUUGUGGAUAAAUAUCAGGGGGGAAAAGAGACUACGCCCGAAAAAGAACACCAGGACCUGGACUCCUUGUUCGACGAUGUCAUGUCAGGCCGCGCAAACAAAUGGCGAGAAUCCUCAUCUAGACAGCGACUGCCGCCCAAAAAGAAGUCGGAUAAUAAUAUAGCUUCGCUCGCUGCUUCUAUUUUGAAUCCAGGCAUGAAAGAGGCAGAAAAGGAAGCGAAAAGAUUGGCCGAACAACAAGCAGCCGAGCUCCUUAUGGUACAGGAAGAAGAAAGGCGCAGGAUUCACGAGUUGUUCGACAAGGCAAAAACCGACCAUGAAUUGUGGAAAAUCUUGAAGGAAGAGGUCUUUGAGCCUAUUAGCAGUCUCGAUCUAGAUUCGGAUGGAGGGCACAAGAAGGAGGACAAGCCGUCGAAACCCACCAAAAUGUCGAAGCCUGCCAAACAGAGCAAGCACUCGUUCCCAACCUCUCCAGUUCAUACCAAAUACCAACCUUCGGCACACAAACCCUCCCCGAAAGAUGCUAAGGUUCUUUUUCAUAACUAUCCGACUCACUUGAUCGCAGCCGCUAAAGUUUUCGAUCAAAACUUUCCCGCCUCGUCGCUUAUCUUCUCUAUUCUUCCAUUCCUAAAGUCGCAAGGGCGAUCUGCCUAUGCUUUAGGCGCAACCGAAGAACUUUAUAACAAUAUCAUUCGCAUUACCUGGCAGAAGAAUGCAUCCUAUUCGCAGGUUUGCAACUUGCUUCAAGAGAUGGAUAAUGGCGGCAUUGAACUUAAGCAUCGAAUCUUAGAAGUGAUCGAGCUUAUCCAAGCAGAACAUGAAGACGCCACAUCAGGAAGAAUGGGCCAACCUUUGGCAGAAGUAGUGAAAAUGGAGUUAUACAUAAAGGACAUGCAGCAGUUGAUCGCGUGGAAAAAUGUCGUACGGAAGAGACUGGGGAUGGCGGAUGAACCUAUCAGACGCACCCCCAGACGGAUAGUAGGAAAGGAACAUAUAACUUUAUCAUUCCAAUGA